UUUCAAUCCGAGCGUUUCCAGUUUCCAGUAGUAGCGCGGCUGGCCUAUUGCCUGGUGGUAUUGGGAGGUUUUCCAGCGAAUUUUCUUCGAGUUUUCUUCAAGUUUUCCAGUUUUUAACGAUAGUAUCCGUUGUUUCUCGUGUCUUCAUCCAACCCGUGUUGAUAUUUGUGUGCAUAUCUGAGAGUUUUGUGUGUUUUUGUUUCAAAGCUUGUGAUUAUAACCAGUGCGUUUUGAAGCCUCCAGUUUGAGCCUAUGUAUGAGACAUUUUUCGCAUUAUUCCUCUUCACGUUCUUCUGUGUGGCACUGUUGAAGCUACUUCUCUAUGAUUUCUAACACAUGGUACCUGGGGGUGUUGUGGGCGUCAAUUUUGGUUUUCGGCCAACAAAAACCCCGGGAUACUGCCGUGGAAAUCACCAAUGAUUUCAGUAUUUGUUUAUUACAGGUGAUAGCCACCCCUAAGACAAACGCCAUUUUCUCGCCCUAUGGCCUGGUGUCUGUUUCGGUCCUGAUCUACGAGGGGGCCAAUCGCAGCUCAGAGUCGGCCCUGCAGAUAGGGCGUGCCCUCCGCUUGCCCCCCAACAGCAACACCACGCAAAUGGGCUUCAGAGACCUGCACAUGACUAUGAGAGCUAGUAAAUACUUCACAAGUGACGGUUUCCUUAGGGGACUAGUGCUCAGCAAUCCUAAAGCAGUUCUCCACAGGAGCUACCUGGACAAACUGAAGUAUUAUGGCUUCGAACCAGAUGUAUCCAGCAUCCUCACAACAACCACUGUUCCAACAACAACAACAGCUAUGCCUACAAACAAAACAACACAGACAGAAGUGGUCAACAAGACAACAAUGCCACCAACAACAAUGAUGACAACCACAAUGAUGCCAACAACAGAACUGUCUGGGGAAGAUGCAUCAACGGCCACAUCGGGUGGGGGGAGCACCGAGGAGCUGACCACAACUUCACCAACAGAUGCCAGUGUGGAGUCCAAAGAUGGCCGAGCAGAUCUGGACACCACAACUGUUCCAUCCACGACUUCAGGAGACAGCUCCACCAAUACAGAGGAAGGCAGCACGGAAGGGAGCACAGACUCGAGGGAACCCUUGACAGAGGCUCCUCCCAACAUCACAACAACCCCUGUCACGCCCACAACAGGCAUCAAAAAGUCAACAACUGUCGAUCAGGAUGAGGAGGUUAGUGCACAGACUCCUGAAGGUGAUGAAUCUGCAUCCACAGACAAUACAGAUGCUGCGUCCACAGAGGCAUCGUCAUCAACCACAUCAGGAUCUAGUGAGGGUGCAGGGGAGGACAGCAGCACCAGUGCCAGUACAGCAGCAGAUGAUGCAACCAGUGAGGAUGCUAGUCAGGUGCCUGAACAGAAGACUGAAGCAACCAGUGAGGAUGCUAGUCAGGUGCCUGAACAGAAGACUGAAGCAACAGUUGCCAAUGCUAUGGUUUCAACUCUGGAAGCACAGCAACCGCAAACAUCAACUAUGAUGAUUGAUAGUCAACCAACAACAACAAUGGAACCAGUUGAGGCGCCUACAACAUCAAGCUCUGAUAGUACAACAUCAGAUGUUACAACAACAGAAAGUGUUGUCACUGCAGAAACAACAACAACAAUAUCAAGUCCUGCAGAAACAACAACAACUCCUGCAGAAACUACAACAACAACGAUUUCUCCAGAAGAGGAAGCAACUGCAACAGUUCUGGAUGCUGUGACAAUCUCACCACCAUCAAUGCGGGAAGCCAAUGAGAUUGAGAUGAAACUCGGAGAGCUGAAAGCAUUGAUUACUUCAUCCCUGAAGGAAAAUGCCAAAAGACUUGGAAUUCUAAGCAAAUUCGAAAAGUUCAAAGAGUUGGAUGAAGAACAUGAGAAACGGUUGGGAAGUUUUGGUAGUGCUACACCAUCAAAUAUUGGCAAUAGCUCUGCUGGCAAUGAUACAGAAAAUGAGGAUACAUUGUCGUCAAAAAUGAGUAUCAAGACACUGUUCUCGGAUUGGGUGACUAUCGUGCCAGCUUUGGCUGGCUCCAAUGAAGACUAUUACCAUUUGGAUGACAGCUCUGAGCGGAAAACGGUGACAACAACUGACGACGACAUUUUUGGUCAAAGUAGGGACAACAAAUCACCGCCAACAAUCAGAGAUCGCGAGUAUGAGGAUUAUGUGGCAGCGGGGAGUGGGGAGGAUCUCUUGAUGACGUCAUCACGCCGGAAGGAGAAGUUUGGUGGAGGGGCCAAAGUUUUAGAAGUCAUGAAUCGGGAAGUGGUUGGAGUUGGAGACAAUGGCAAUGCUACCAAAAAUAUCACAAAACGCUCAAUAAGUGGUAGACUUAGAAUGGCAGAUUGGGGCCAAGACAACGCCUUGUAUAGGGUACCCCCCACCCAGUGGUUCACCACUUUCAGCGGACAGAGAAUGGUGCCUGUUCUCACCCUCUCAGCAUUCCUUCCCUUUGCUGAUCUGCCCACCCUGGGAGCCCAGGCCAUCCAAAUACCUCUAGAUGCUGAAUUCUACACGCUGCUAAUCCUGAUACCGAAGCACAGACUUGGCCUGAAGCAGCUGAUGUAUGCGUUGCAAUGGUGUCCCCUGACGGGCAUCAUAGCUGCUCUGCGGACCACCCCUGUCUACACCGUGGUGCCCACCUUCACAAUGGUCACACACAUCAAUCUCGUCAAUCCACUCAUGAAGUUGGGAAUUCGAGACAUUUUCGACCAACAACGAGCUGAUCUGUCUGAAAUGUCUCCAGACCCGAAUCUGUUCGUGAGGAGUGUGGAGCAAGUCAUCACGAUAUCAGUCAGAAAAUACUACAACACACAUUACCGAUGGAUAGACGCUUCACCAUCGCAAGUACAGCACCAGGUGUUAGCCAUGCAUCCGUUCAUCUUCUUCGUGGUGGACACUGAGACUAAAGUCGCCCUCGUUUCAGGCACCAUGGUCGAUCCCACCCUAUGGGCACAGCAACAACAACAUCCUGGUUACUGAAUAGCCUAUCACUCAUUUUAUAGGAAAACUGGACAAGAAUGGAUUCUCAAUAACCUUCAGGUUGAAUAGGUCUUAUGAAAUACCAUAACUCGAUUGUCAUAACAAGUCUGAUCCAUCCUCAAGGCUGGUCAUACACCGAUUAGUCAAGACAAGACUAGUCAGGUUUAGUCACAAUACUUCACAUAGUUGCUUAUGGAGGCAUGUCUAAUUGCAAUGACUAAUCAGUGUGUGUUGCGUCAUAAGAAACUAUGUGAAGUAUUGUGACUAAACGUGACUAAUCUUGUCUUGAGUAAUCGGUGUGUGACCAGCCUAAAAGGCCAUCGAGUUAAUUUCAUAAAAUGAAGAAAACAUAACCUAUUUUCUGAACUAUUUUAAUGAAUCAAAAUUCGGGGGAGGAACAGCUUUGGGCUGUGUCUGUAGAUCCUCUACAAAAUGAUUUAAAAAGAUAAUUGUGUAUCACUGAAUCAAUAUAGAAUAAAGUUCAUUUGACACUAGAAUAACGACUUUCAGACUAUAUUAAAUAUAAAAUAUGAAAUAUUUACUCACUGACUGAGUAAAUGAAUACUUCCAAUUGAUAUAGUCCAAUGUAGCUACAAUAUAUUAGGUACCUUGAUAAUAUAGUCUACAAGUCGUCAUUCUAGUGUCAAAACUUGAUGAAGCAUAAUAUAUAAACGAAAUAUUUCAAACGAAAAUUCAAAUUAAAUACUGCCAAAACCACCACGAAGACUUUUGCCACUGCAAAUAUUGUCAACAGGGAGAACAGCUAUAGUGUGAUUGUGUGGUUACCAACAGACCCACGUUUUAUUAUAGUCCCAUCCUACAGUUACGGGUUGUUUUCUAGGACCACCCCACUAAAGAUGGAGAUUCUAUAAAUAAAAAUAUAAAUCUGAGUAUAAAUCAGAUUUAUAUUUAUAUUCAAAAAUAGACCUAAAGAGAAAAAAGACAAUUCAGAUUCUAAUUUGAUAAAAGCUAACCAACAUAGACGAAUAAGUAUCCAUAUAUCUUACAGAGGUAGCUAGCUUCUUAGUAUAUUAUCUUUCCUCUAUGUACCUUCUAUCAAAAAAAUAUUGUUGUCAAUAUUAUUUACAGUAAUAGAAGUCUUCGGAGUGGUUGACAGCAUUUAAUUUGGAUUUUUGUCCAAUAAUUAUUAUUCAUUGGCAUUUAAUUAAUGCAACCUCUCAUCAAUUUCCAUCUCAAUAUACAGUGUUCUGAAAAAAGGUGCUCAUAAGUCAUUCCUCACGUCCUGACUUAUGGGCACCUUUUUUCAGAAUACUCUGUAUAAAGGAUAGAUUUUCAUUGUAAUAUCUAGAGCUUGUAAAUUAAGAAGUCCUACUAUAGGAGAAAUAGGUACCACUUUAUGCCUUGUAUGCUGCAAAUUCAAAAUACUUUAAAACCAUCAGGCUCCUGUUAAAUUAAGAAACCAGUGAUUUCAUGAGUGAUAUUAUACCUUCCUUCCACUCCUCCUCAUCGGUUCCAUUCAAAUUCUUUUUUUUUUUGUGUAGAAGUGUUUUUUACUAACCAUGAACUAGCUAGAUUCAAUUUUCAACUUCCGAACGUUCUACUCUCUCUCAUAUUAUAAAACCCAAGCAAAAAAUUGUAGUUUCUUAUAAGUAAAUGAUGUUCUCCAAUUAAGUACUCCAUUGAAGCCGACACAUAUUCAAACAACAUAUGAAUAAAGAGGAGAAACCACUGUACAUUAUGUUAUAGAUCAGUUCUUAUAAAAUCACUUCACUUUCAUGGGCUAUUUUAUGAAAAUUAAUAAAAACAUGUAGUAUCCUUUUUAUUUAAAAAAGUUGAAAUGUUUCAAAGUUUUAAAAUGUUUUAAAUAAAAAUGGUACUACAUGUUUUUAUAAAUCAGUUCUUAUAUGUACUUUUCCAAUUUCAAGUCUCGUAUUGCAGUAGGACACCAAUAAGACACCAGAAGUGAGGCCGACGCUCCCUUACUCCGGUGUCCUAUCAGGCGUUAGUUCAUAUGGCGCUUAUCAGACUGGAAUACCAGUCGAGACAUAUGAUUGGUAACCGUUCAGAGAUGAUUCUGAAACUGAUAAGAAUAGGUACAUUCUGACGCAGUGGAAAAUAAACCAAUUCACGUUGAAGCUCAAUCAAUUCAAAUACAUUUUGGAAAUGGAGCUUAACCAUGAUGUCAAUUUUAAUUGAAGAUGUACUCUAAUGUAGCGGAUAUGAUGUGGAUUUCUCAUCAUGAUUGAAUUAAAAAAAAAAGUGAUUCAAUAUAAUUUGUCGUCUGACAUCAGCAACGUCAGAUACUUCAACUGUACCGAUUGCAAUCAAAUAAUAAAAUAUGCAUUUACAGUGAUACAUUUUUAUUAAUGUUUCAUGAUUUCAAUUACACUAUCGACAGCCACCUUACUAUUGUAAUUUUGUUGAAUAAAGAUGUAUUUUUCC